UGUGUGUGUGUCAGCAGGGGAUAAAAGUCGGCCUCGGUUGUUCCUUGCCUCAGUUUUUGCUGCUUGUGGAGUCGUGUGGACGAGAACCAGAACCAGAACCAUGAAGGUCUACCUGCUGCUGCUGCUACUGCUGCCGCUCUGCUCAGCGAAGCAGUUUCACAUCCAGUGUCACGGAGAGGACUUCCUUAUGGUCAACAACAUGCUGCUGGACUGCACCAGCAAAGUCCAGCAGGCCUGCUACACCAGAGGACCAGGACCCCUAUUUUUAAAACCUGGGUACGGCCCUGGCCCCGUGUGAAGGACUCAGCCUGAACCUGGAACAGUUUCAAAUGAAGGUAGCGGAGAGAAGGGCUGCACUCCCCUGGAGAACUGUUCUCGACCCGGUUGGACCUGCUGCUACACCAGCGGCUGCAACGCCUGAGCCAAUCACAGCCUAGGAAAUGCUGACAUCAUGAAACUGCCAUGUGAUGUUAAAUAAACUUGUGAGGGAGAUUUCCCAGAAUGCAGCGUUGCAUUUGUCUGUGUAAACAUGAACAUUUACAGUCUGUGGACUUUGAAUGAUGUCUGUUUGUUUCUGUAGACUUUAAUAAACUCUGAGAAACCUUU